AUGUAUAGUUCUCGAAGAAGGCGAUUACAAUCACCUCCUCGCCGAACAGAAGAUGUUCAAUUUUCUGGAAGUUUAACAAUGUGGCAAAGAAGUGAUCCGAGUAUGGAAGCAUCAAUGAACACGGCUCGAAAAACCAAGUCGGAUAUUGUUAUUGGUGAACAAUUGUAUUUGAAAGUCGGUUAUAGAAAAAUCUAGAAUUUCAGUGAUAAUGCAAGAUCGAGAAAAAUUGAUGGAUCGUUUUGGAGUUGCGAUGCACGAUGUUCGAUAUCCGGAAGUUGAUAUUUGUGAAUUUGUAGAUUCGAGAGAAUAUUCAAGAUUGAAAACUAUGAUUCAAGUCAAUCGAUCUUUUGAUGUAAGUGAACGAUAUUUCGAAAAUGACGAAAAUUCAGUCAGGACUAGCUUUUUUUCUAUUAAAAAAAAUUAAAAUUUGAAAUUAAAGAUUGUUCUUCAACAUGGAAAUAAUGAAAGAGGACAAUCGAAAUUAUUGGGUGAUUCUUUGGUGACUGCAUUUCCCGAUGCAUUGAUUCAAUCAAUCGGAUCAAAGUUUGUUUUUUUUUUCAAUCGGAUCAAAUUAUAUUUAUAUAUUAUUUUCAGAUAUUUCAAAUGUGAAAAAGGUGCACAAUCAUUGAAUUUGAUGAUGAACAAACACGUUUCUCAAGUAACUGAACAAAUAUUCGAAAAAUCACUUGCUCUUGGUGCAUUUAAUGUUUUAUUGAAAUAUAUCAAUGAAACUAGAAAUAUUUAUUUUCGAUUAAAAUCUUUGAAAAUUCAAGAAAUUGUUAUCGAUGAUACUUGUAUGAUUGAUUGUGCAUCAUGGGAUAGUUUGGAAAUUGUUGAUUUGGAUGAUGUUUCUCCGACAAAACAUCAAUUUAGUCAAAGAAGAACACUUUUAGCCGUUCUUGAUCAUACAGUAACUGUAUGUGUUUUUUUUCAGAACUUAUAGUUAUUUAUGUAUUUUAUUAUUUUUGUAGGCAAAUGGUGCGCGACUUCUACGUUCAAAUAUUCUUCAACCUUCAACUGAUCUUUAUACAAUCGAAAAUCGUCUCGAUGCUGUUAUAGAAUUGAAUGAAAAACCACAAUUACGAGAUAAACUUCGAAAUCUUCUCAGCCGUGCACAUGAUCUCGAUCGAAUUAUGGCAAUGUGUAUUCAAACAACAGCUUCGUGGACUGUUCGAGGAGCUGAAUCAAAUGUCAAUCAAAUUGUCAAAUUAGCACAAACUCUCAAAGUUAUUUCUGCAAUGCGAGAUACUAUGCAAAAUAUUAAAUUAACAUCAAAAUUGCUUUUGGACAAAAUGGAAUUUUUGAAUGAUGAUCAAUUUGAAGAAAUGAUGAGUAUUUUAGAUGAAACUAUUAGUGAUCAACAUAUUCAAAAUAAGAAAAAUUCAUUGGCGCUGAAAAAUGUGAAAUGUUUCGCUAUAAAAGGUUCGAGAAAUAUUUUUUUCCCAUUUUUUUAAACCGUGAAAACUCAUUAGAAACUGAAAUCUUCAAACUUUCUAGGUCUAUUCCAAAUUUUUCUUUCAGAAGGAGUAUCAAUAAAUCUUGACGUUGCCCGAAAAGCUUAUUUAGAAUUAUUAAAUAAAGUUGACGAAGUUGGACAACAAGAAAUAAAUCAACAAUUCGGUCAAGAUGUUGCUCGACUUUCAUAUUCUCAAAUACGUGGAUUUCAUUAUACAGUACCAACAAGAGAUGCACAAAGAAUCACAAUUCCACGAAUAUUUUCCGAAGUUGUUCGAAAUCGAUCAACAGUUACAUUUUCAUCGAAAAAGAUGAUGUCGAUUAAUAGUAAGUAUUUUUGCGAGAACUUUGAACAUUCAAAAAUAUUACAUUUUUAAGAUCGUAUCGAAACAACAGUUGCUGAAGUAUUUUUAGCAAGUGAUAUUGUUGUAUCCGAUAUUGUUGAAAGAAUCCAACAUAUUUUACCUGUUCUGUAUUAUGCAAUGGAUGCUUUGUCAACUAUUGAUUUUCUGUGUAGUUUGGCCACGUAUUCAAAUGCUCGAGAUACUGUUCGUCCUGAGUUUGGAACUCAAUUAUCUGUUAGUCAAGGAAGGCAUCCAAUUUUAGAUUGGGCAAAUUCUGACAAAACUGUCACUAAUGAUACGGUAAGAAUUUGAAGACAAAGUUCAUCACAAAAGUUAGGGUAAAUUUGGAAUAUUAUAAAUUCCCUCAUAAGUUUCAAAAAAGUUAUUACAAUUAUGGAAUGUUUUAAAAAGUUCGGUGAAUUCCAAGGAAACCAUACUUUUUGAUAUAAAAUUUUUGUGGUCCAGUCUAACGCCACAUUUAAUAAUUGCGGUCCUGUAUAGAUUGAAAAAAAACGUGUUUUUACAGUGUUUGACUCGAGAUCGUCGAUUUGGAAUAAUAACAGGACCAAAUAUGGGUGGAAAAUCAACAUAUUUAAAACAAGUUGCAUUGCUCUCAAUUAUCGCUCAAUCUGGUUGUCCAGUUCCUGCUGAUUUUGCAAGUUUACCAGGUUAAUAUUUUUUAAAGAUAAUUAUUGAAAUCAUAAAAAAGACAAAAUGGUUUUCAGUUUUUAAUCGAAUAUUUUCUCGUAUGGGACAUAAUGAUGAAUUAGUUCGAAAUAAGUCAGCAUUUGCGUGUGAAAUGCGAGAUGCUUCAACAAUUCUCAAACACGCUGAUAUGAAUUCAUUAGUUGUUAUGGAUGAAUUAGCGAGAAGUACAUCGACAGAAGAGGGAAUUGCUAUAACUUAUGCAAUUUGUGAACGAAUUUUGACAUUGGAUUGUUAUACUUUGUUGGCCACACAUUUUCUCGAUCUUUGGGUUUUGGCGAAUCAAUCAACCGCCGUUGAAAAGUAGUCUUCUUCUUUAUUAAUUUUUUUUGGAAAAAAAAAUCUCAAAUUUUCAGUUAUCAUUUUCGACCAUCAUCGGAAACACGUGAAGAUAAAAUUAUGUUUCGCCACAAACUUAUGCGAGGUCCUUAUCGUGGUCCCUUAUACGGUAUAUAAAUUGAAGAAAUUUAAUUUUUCGUCAACAAAUUUUAUUUUUAUAGGAUUCGAAGUUGUUGAAAUGUCUACAUUUCCUGAAGAAGUUAUUUGUCAUGCUGAAACAUUGGCAAAACAUUUGAGAGCACAAUCAAGUGAUAGGUAAUUUUAAAAAAUAUAUGGGGUGGUUUUAGAGAUCAGGGUUGAUUCAGGCUGAUCUGAAUUUUUUUAAAUCGAAUUAUUUUGUAUUGAAAAUUUUCAGAUUCAGCCACCCCAAAUAUUUUAUCAAAGAAAGCAGAUUUUGGGUGCGAUUCAGAAUUUAAUUUUUCUCAAAUUAAAAAGGUGUGAUUCAAAAAUUAAUUAUUGCAGAUCACUGUUCGAUUUCAAUGCUGAAAGAAAAAGGGUGAAAGUUUAUAUGUGGAAUCGGAUUGAAGAAAAUGUGGAAAUGUUUAUGGUAUGAAAUCUUUUUUCUUUUUCGUUUCAAAAAAAAAAUCAAAUGAUUUCCUAGGAAAAAUUCGGCGAAAACUGGAAAACAAACAGCGAAUGUGUGAAAACGAUAACAGCUCUUCGUCAACAUUUAAUAGAAGAAUUAAAUAAAAUUAAUAAAUUAGAGCAAAAUAGUAUUUCAUCUUGUGAAUAG